AUGUCGGUGAUUGACUUGCUGGAGACCUCGUCCCGCAGGAGCAUGUCCUCGCCGGCCCAAUCACGCGUGCCCUUGGGCGUCUUGAGCGUGACGCCGCCACCGGACUUCUUGCCCUCCUUUCCUCCCUCUUGGGCCGCCAUUGUGUAUUCUUGGUCCUGCUGCGCGGGGUCGAACGCGAGGGGUGAUGUCUGUAGGAAUCGCGAUGUCGCAAAGUUUCUUCGGAUAGGGAGCGGCAGUGGUUUCGAAAGGGAGAGGCCAGGGCGUGCGACGGCGGCUCGAAUCAACGCGGGACGGAUCUUGCUGAUCACAAACAGCAUGCCUGGGCAAGCUCGUCACACGGGAUAG